CUCCACCAAAAGUACCAUGUUACACUCUAACAAACUCAACCAAAACCAACCACCAACACGAACCAAGCAGGCGUGUGGUUUCUUUGUAAGAAACUUUUACUGUGUACAUUACUUUCUUAUCGUAACUUACGAAACAUUAUUACAUAAAGGUUUCUUCGACGGUGUGUGCAAAUGAGACUGAAAGAUAUCUCACGGAAUGGAACCUUUGCAUGGUCUCCUGCUGGCGUAAAUAAAAACCAGAGUCUACUGGCAGUAGCUCCUUUCGCCGGCAGCGGUAGUUCGAAAGAAGACGAGGAAGCUAAUCUUGAGCUUUGGGAUACAAGCUCGGAAACUCGUGCUCCUCUUGGCAAGACCAGUGUGGAAUCCAAAUUCUUCGACAUUUGCUGGGGAAAGAGUGAAUCAAACCCUUACGGCGUUAUUGCCGGUGUACAAGAAUCGGGAGUUGUCAGCUUGUGGAACCCCGAAAAUAUUCUAAACAAUGACUCUGGAAAAUGCCAGAUUGACAGUUUCUCUACUGGCGAAGGAGUCCUGCACAAGACUUUGGAUGUUAACAGACUUCAAAAUAAUCUAAUGACCACUGGUGAUGACAAAGGCGAUGUUUGGAUCUGGGACAUGAACGACUUUAAGAACCCUUUUACUCUUCCACGCCAGAAUCGUGCUUCCGAGGUGCGGACGGUCGCUUGGAACAACAAAGUUGCCCAUAUUCUUGCCUCUGGCAGCGAUUCCGAGUAUACUACCGUUUGGGACAUGAAGGCCCGACGCCAGGUGCUUACACUCUCAUACAUGGGAGCCUCCACUUUGUCGGCAGCAACUGGUGGUAUCAACUGUGUGUGCUGGCACCCUGAGAACGCUACACGUUUAGUGACAGCUAUCGAUGACAACCGGAACCCCGUCAUCCUCACUUGGGACUUGCGCCAUCCCAGUGCUCCGGAGUCAAUCCUUACAGGCCACCAGAAGUCUGUCUUGUCAAUGUCGUGGUGUGCAAGCGACCCCAGAUUCUUGCUCAGUUGUGGUAAGGAUGGUUCUAUGCUUGUUUGGGAUACUACGACGAGUGAAUGCUUGGGUAGUUUCCCUCGUUCUGGCAACUGGUUUACCAAGAGCUCCUGGUGCCCUAGCAAUCCCAAUCGUGUUGCUUCGACUUCUUUGGACGGUAAGGUUUCUAUCUUUUCUAUCCAAAGUUCCAAUAUCGAUAAAACCCAAGAAGCUAAUCUUCAACGUGCUGCCGCAAUUGAUGACAACGAGUUUUUCAACACAUUGCCUACAAUUGCUGGUUCGCAGGAGCCCAGUUUCUCGCUUAAAAUCGCACCCAAGUGGUCAAAGGUUCCCGUUGGUGGUCGCUUCGGAUUUCCCAAUGCUUUCGUUCAUUUCAACUCUACUUCCUCUGUUGUGAAGAUCAUUCCUAUUGAACCUGAUGCGAACGAGGUUGAGGCUGCUGUCGUCCAAGUGUCUGAGAAUAAGGAUCCCGCUUCUAUCGAGAAGUUCUGCGGUGAGCAAGCCGAGAAGGCUGAUUCUGAUAGCUCUGCACUCAACUGGAAGUUGUUGGGCGAGAUAAGCAAGAAGGCUCCUAGAACCCGCUUUUUGGAACUGUUGGGAUUUGACCUUUCUUUUAAGAAGACUACCGGCUCCGAAAGCGUUGAAGGCGAGAAGGAGGCAGGCGCAAAAGAUGAGAGUUCAAUUACUCCUGAGAACAAUGCAGAGAAUCUCAGUGAUGCUGACUUCUUUGGUAGUCUCGCAGCAGCAGAGCCUACCGCUGCUUCUCCUGCUGAAAGCACUUCCACGCAGGGCUCCAAAUUUUUGCCUUUCUCCUUGCCAUUCAAUAUCUAUGAUGAGGAUACAUCGUCCGAAGAAAAUGUCAUUACGAAGGCCUUCAUCGUUGGUGAUGUAAUGUCAGCAGUCAAGAAGUGUUUGGAGUUAGAACGAUUUGCCGAUGCCUUUAUGCUUGCGACUUUCGGUGACAAUGCUUGCAGAAAGCUUGUUCAAGAAACGUUUUAUGAAAAGAACAGUCGCACCUCUUCGUAUCUUCGUCUCUCUACAUCGGUUGCCGAGGGUGAUCUUAAAAAUACUGUGCGUAAUGCUGCUAUCACAGAGUGGAAGGAUGUAUUUGCUUGCAUUUGCACUUAUGCUUCAACUGAAGAGUUCCAGGAAUUGUGCAGUGAAUUAGGCAAUCGUCUUGAACAAAGCGAUAUCAGUGAUGCGGCAAACUGUGCAGCUUUCUGUUAUAUCGCCGGACAGUCACUUUCUAGCUUGGUGCGCCUUUGGCUUUCCGAGUUUAACUCGGCUACGGAAAAGAGCGAUGAAGAAAAGGAAGAUGUAUCUAUCUUCACGGUUUAUGUUCAGCAUAUUUCAGCUCUUCUUUCCAAAAUUUCGAUGUAUCGCUCACUGGUCUCUUUUAAAGACCCCGAACUUACUAAAGAUAAGGACUGGAAAUUGGCAGAUCUUUACAGAGUUUAUCUGACCUACAUUCGUAUUUUAAUUUCUAUGAACAAAUUGGAUGUUGCGAAGGAGUGCUUGGAUUUACUUCCUCCAAAAUUUGAUGGCGUUGCUGAAGAGCGUGAACGUCUGUUUGGUAAGUUGAAUGCGCCAGCUGCUGCUCCUACUGUCCCUGCUGCUGCUGUACCUAUCAACAAAUAUGCCGCUCGUCCUGCGCCUACGUCCUGGGGCUCUAUUAAACCAGCAGGUUCCAUGAUGCCUGCUGAUUAUAGCCGGCCCGUGCCUUCUGCAAUGGGUCCUCCACCUGUUGUUAGUCCUCUGGGGGUACCCGCUAAUGCUCCUCCCAAGGUUUCUCGUGGUUCAGUGGAUGUGAGUGCUUCGACUACCAUGGCUGGUUGGAAUGAUGCUCCCAUCAUCUCUAGACCGCAGGUCCGUGCUGCUCCUACGACAAGUGCAAUCGUGAGCCCAUUUCCGUCUUCUGGUGUAACUUCACCCUCGUACCUGUCACGCACAAACAGCGUGUCAAAUUUACAACCUCCUCCCAUGGGUCUUCACCAUGGCUUCCACGAGCCCGCACCAGUGCCUGCACCACCUAAGAUUGGUGAAUCUUAUCAACCUCCCAAAGCAUCGGUUCCCAAAACGACAGCAGCAGCAGCGGCCACUCCAUCUUCUCGGCCUAACCCCUAUGCCCCACAAGUUUCAAGUCCUCAGAUGAAGCCUGUCGGUGGAAAAGCUGCUGCACCUUCCUCCGUGCCCAUUCCUCCUCCUAAUCCUUAUGCUCCACAAGCUACGAUGUCUCCCGGCUUGUCUACUCCUUCUGCACAACGGCCGCCUCGUGCAAAUGUUAUUCCUCCUCCUCAAAACGUUCAACACGGUUACGCUCCUCAGCAUGCACCUUCCUUUACGCCAGCCUUUGCUCCUCCCCCUAUGGUCAAUAGUCCUCCUCAAGCUCCCCCUGCUGCAGUUGCUUCGGCCACAAAGAAGCCUAUUCCUGUUGAAUUGAAAUAUCCCGCUGGAGACAGAAGCCACAUUCCUCAAAAUUUGAUGCCUAUUUUUGAGGUUCUUAACGGGGAGAUUACUCGUAUCUCAGAGAGAGCCCCUAAACGAAUUGAAAGAGUCGUUAUUGAUACUAACAAGCGUUUGAACAUGCUGUUUGACCGUUUGAACAACGACAUGCUGCCCGAGAAUGUUACAGCAGAACUUUUGAACUUCGUUUCGGCGUUCUCAAAGGGUGAUCUUCAAGAGGCUUCAGCUAUACAUAUGAACAUGAUCACCUCUAUGAGCGAUCAUUGUGAUCACUGGAUCGUUGGCAUAGGCCGUCUUAUUACCCUCCGGAAAUCCACUCCUUAAAUUGUCACUGUUUGCGUUUUACUUUUCCCUCGGCAUUAGAACCUAUUCGUAUGAUGACAAACGAAAUGGCUGGUAGUAAUAAAUUAUGAAGCUUGUUGAGUUUUAAUAUUUA